AUAAAGUCCUGAAGUUCAUAUAAAAAUAAUGGAUUUCUUUUUCCCCAAACUAAUAUAUACGCGAAUGUUACCCUUGUGCGCAUGCACAGGGCAUAUAUUAUACAUAUUUGAUAAAAUGGUGAAUAAACAUUCGAAUUCGUAACAAACAAUAACAAAAAAGAAAAGGUCUUCGUUCAAUGUCAGCUGCUCAUGCUGUUAUUGAUAACAUUUCCUCUAACUAGUGAAAGUGAGCAAUUUAGUAAAUCGCUGGCGCAUAACGCGGAACUCAAACUUAGUUGAACACAGCUUGCGCGCGUUACUAAAAGAAAAUCAUAGGGCUAGUGUUUGUUUAAAUAACGUUAAUAAAUAAGUGUAAAUUUAAUAAAAAAAGUGUUUCUUUUUUGUAGUCCUUAUGCUGUUGGCGAAAGCACAAUUUCAGCGUAUAACUCAACUAGCAAAAACACUAAUUUCAUCAAUAUAAUAAAAAAAUUUAAGAAAAAAAUCAUCAAAUAAUUCAAACUAACCCAAAAAUUCUUAAGACUGAAUUUAUUCAAAAACAAAUUAUAACAUGUUACUGGAGAUAUAUGUGGAAUGGCCUCCCUCCAAACGAUUUCACGAAACGAAAAAAGUGGGUUUUUAAAGCAAAAAGAAAAAAAAGGAUAAAAGUGAUUUUUUGGAAGCAGAAGACCAUUUUAAAUAUUCCUGGUUUUUACGGAAAAAUUUGAGCGACAAAAGGAGACUCAUAGCGACGUUUCAAUUAUUUUUGUUAUGAUAAGGGGAAUGGUGAGGGAGCAUUAUCGUCGCCGAAGUAAAGAGGAGAAGUGGCGUUCACCUCUGUGAUUUCUUGAAAAAUUAUUUGACCAAAAUUUAAGUAAAUAAUAAAAAUUCAACUUACACUUUAAACCCAUAUAUUCAUAGAAAAUGGCAACAAUAGAUGGAAGACCGGCGCAAUAUGGUAUAUCGCUUAAGCAACUACGGGAGCUCAUGGAGCAUAGGGGUCGAGAAGGUGUCGCCAAAAUAAGCGAACUAGGGGGAAUAUCUGAAAUUUGCAAAAAAUUGUACACCUCACCAAACGAAGGUUUAAGUGGUUCAAAAUUAGAUAUAGAACACAGACGGGAAACUUUCGGAUCGAAUGUCAUACCACCAAAGCCUCCGAAAACUUUCCUGACUCUUGUAUAUGAAGCCCUUCAGGAUGUUACUCUUAUAAUUUUGGAAAUUGCUUCUUUGGUUUCUCUUGGAUUAUCAUUUUAUAAACCUGCCGACGAAGAUACACCUGUUUUGCAAGAGGAAGAGGAUCACUAUGGUUGGAUCGAAGGCUUAGCUAUUUUAAUUUCUGUUAUUGUCGUUGUCUUGGUUACUGCGUUUAAUGAUUACUCUAAGGAAAGACAAUUCAGAGGACUGCAAAAUCGCAUAGAAGGGGAACAUAAAUUUUCAGUAAUACGUAGCGGAGAAGUCCAACAAAUUUCUGUUGGCGACAUUGUUUGUGGUGAUAUUGCUCAGAUAAAAUAUGGUGAUCUUCUGCCAGCUGAUGGCGUCUUAAUACAGAGUAACGAUCUUAAGGUCGACGAAUCUUCCUUAACUGGUGAAUCAGAUCACGUAAAAAAAGGCGUUGAUAUCGACCCAAUGGUUCUAUCUGGUACUCAUGUAAUGGAAGGCAGUGGUAAAAUGGUAGUCACUGCUGUUGGUGUCAACUCACAAGCCGGUAUAAUUUUUACAUUGUUAGGUGCUGCAGUAGAUGAACAAGAAGCUGAAAUUAAGAAGAUGAAGAAAGAAGCUAAAAAGGCGAAAAAGACCAAAAGUUUAACAGGAGACGAUGACAGAGAACCUUGCAAGAUGCAGACAUCGGAUAUUCUUAAGUCGGAUUCGGAUGGUAACCAUGUGCAACAAUCAAUAGGUGUAGCUGCCGAAACAAGCCACAAAAAAGAAAAGUCUGUAUUACAAGCAAAGCUCACAAAGCUCGCAAUACAAAUUGGCUAUGCCGGUUCAACAAUAGCUGUGUUAACAGUUAUUAUAUUAGUUAUUCAAUUUUGCAUAAAAACUUUUGUUAUCGAAGAAAAACCUUGGAAGAAUACGUACGCCAAUAACUUGGUGAAGCAUCUAAUUAUAGGUGUAACGGUCUUGGUAGUUGCGGUGCCGGAAGGUCUUCCCUUGGCUGUUACUCUUUCUUUGGCUUAUUCAGUUAAAAAGAUGAUGAAAGAUAAUAAUUUGGUACGCCACUUGGACGCGUGUGAGACAAUGGGAAAUGCCACUGCCAUUUGCUCCGAUAAGACUGGAACUCUUACUACAAAUCGUAUGACUGUCGUGCAAUCGUACAUUUGUGAAAAACUCUGUAAAGUCCUGCCAACUUUAAAUGAUAUACCGAGCCAUGUGGGCACACUUAUAGCCCAGGGCAUAAGUGUGAAUUCAGCAUACACAUCAAAUAUUCUGCCUGGUCAAAACCCCGGUGAUUUACCGACCCAGGUUGGUAACAAAACCGAAUGUGCUUUACUUGGCUUCGUUCAGGGUUUGGGUGUCAAAUAUCAGUCGAUAAGGGACGAGAUAACUGAGGAUAAGUUUACUCGUGUUUAUACCUUUAAUUCUGUUAGAAAAAGUAUGGGAACUGUUAUACCUAGACCGAAUGGAGGUUUCAGACUUUAUAGUAAGGGUGCUUCGGAAAUUAUUUUGAAAAAGUGUGCAUUUAUUUACGGUCAUGAUGGUGUCUUAGAAAAGUUUACACGUGAUAUGCAGGAGCGUCUCAUUCGUGAAGUUAUUGAACCUAUGGCUUGCGAUGGCUUGCGUACAAUUUGUAUUGCAUAUCGGGAUUUUGUUCCGUCAAAAGCUGCAGUAAAUGAAGUUCACAUUGAGAAUGAUCCCAAUUUUGACGACGAGGAAAAUAUUAUGAGCAAUUUAACUUGCUUGUGUGUAGUAGGCAUUGAAGAUCCCGUGCGCCCCGAGGUACCUGAUGCUAUUCGCAAAUGUCAGCGUGCGGGCAUUACAGUUCGUAUGGUGACGGGUGACAAUAUCAACACAGCGCGUUCAAUUGCUAGCAAAUGUGGUAUAUUGAAACCUAAUGAAGAUUUCCUUAUAUUAGAGGGUAAAGAGUUCAACAGGCGAAUACGCGAUAGCAACGGCGAUAUCCAACAGCACUUGAUUGAUAAGGUAUGGCCAAAAUUGCGCGUGCUAGCUAGAUCAUCGCCAACGGACAAAUAUAACUUGGUCAAAGGAAUUAUUGAUAGUACAGUUAGCGAAAACCGCGAAGUUGUGGCUGUAACAGGGGACGGAACAAACGAUGGACCGGCUUUAAAAAAAGCCGACGUUGGCUUCGCAAUGGGCAUUGCAGGAACCGAUGUUGCAAAAGAAGCUUCUGACAUUAUAUUAACUGACGAUAAUUUUAGUAGUAUCGUGAAAGCAGUCUUAUGGGGGCGAAAUGUUUAUGAUUCCAUUGCCAAAUUUCUGCAAUUUCAGUUGACUGUUAAUGUAGUCGCCGUAAUAGUAGCAUUCAUAGGCGCAUGCGCCGUCCAAGAUUCUCCGUUGAAAGCUGUUCAAAUGCUUUGGGUGAAUCUCAUCAUGGAUACACUCGCUUCUCUGGCGUUAGCUACUGAGCUUCCAACCCCUGAUCUUCUACUACGUAAACCCUAUGGUCGUACCAAACCCUUAAUAUCACGCACAAUGAUGAAAAAUAUUCUAGGUCAGGCAUUUUAUCAACUGAUUAUUAUAUUCGGUCUUUUAUUUAUCGGUGACUGGCUGUUGGAUAUUGAAUCUGGACGUGGCCAGGAACUAGGAGCUGGUCCAACCGAACAUUUUACAAUAAUUUUUAACACUUUUGUCAUGAUGACUUUGUUUAAUGAAAUUAAUGCACGUAAAAUACAUGGCCAACGUAAUGUGGUAGAAGGCCUUUUUACAAAUCCAAUCUUUUAUACAAUCUGGAUAUUUACAAUGAUCUCUCAAGUUAUCAUUAUUCAAUAUGGAAAAAUGGCAUUUUCAACAAAAGCACUGUCAAUCGAUCAGUGGCUUUGGUGUGUUUUUUUCGGAAUUGGUACAUUAGUAUGGGGGCAAGUGGUGACAUCAGUGCCGACAAGAAAAUUGCCGAAAAUUUUGUCAUGGGGGCGUGGUCACCCGGAAGAGUAUACAAAUGCUAUGAACUUGGGCGAAGAACGAUUCGAUUCAAUUGACUCUGACAAGAAGCCGCGGGCGGGCCAAAUACUAUGGAUUCGUGGGCUUACGCGGUUGCAAACUCAAGUUAUAGGUGGCGAAUUGCAAGAACGCUUGAUACCGGUACCCUACAGUAAAAGCUCUACUGAUCAAGCUAUACGCGUUGUAAACGCAUUCCGGCAGGGACUAGAUGCUCGUUACAGCGAUCAUGCUAACACAUCUCUAGCUGAGGUCUUACGUAAGCAGACCUCGCUUAGCAAGCGCUUGUCAGAGACCUCUUCAAUGGAAUAUGCCGACAAUAUACCCGACGAAUUGAAGUUACCUGAGAUCGAUGUUGAACGACUCUCAUCUCACAGUCACACGGAGACCGCAGUUUAGAAAGCUGCUUGAACGAAAAAUACAACAAGGAACAAAGAACUCUCUUCUUAGUGGGCAAUCUACAAGCCAUAAACUCUUAAUCUUAAAGAAAUGCAUCAAAAAUGUUAAUAAUGAUAAUAAUAAUAACAAUAAUAAUAAUAAAAAGCACCAUAUAUCUGUGUGGGUUCAUUUUGAAACAGUGUGGUGAAAGGUCGUGACUUUUUGCUUCUUAUCUCUUCUCUUUAAUCAUUACUGUUACAGGUCGUGUAGAUUUACAAUACUCUCAAAAAUUUUUUAAGUGUCAAUUCGUUUUUCGCGCAUAAGUACUUUAUCACAAGAUAAUACUUGUUCUCUGUAAUGGAUGUGCAUGUAAUUAUGAUGCUUUAUGUCCACGAAAAAGGACAAUUUGAAGCUCUUCUCUUAUGCGCACGUCUUACGUAACAAGACGUCAAAGAAAAUCCCAUUUUUUCUGACAAUAUAAUAACAAAAAUAAUAGUUAAAAACUGAUCAAUUUACAUUUGAUCAAGGUUUCGGCUUUCUAAUGCAAAAAAAUCAACUAAGAGGAUUGAAGUGUAUUUAAAUAUUAUUCAAAUAUUAAACUUGAUCACAAA